AAAAGAAAAAAACCACCAACAUAAUGAUAACUACAAAUUUGCUUGUAUGAUUUAAAUUUUAAAAUUGUUAAAAUAUAUAUGAAAUGAUGUGGGUGUGUUAAAUAUUGUGAGCUAUAUAAACCAACAAUAUAUACGAUUAAUUUUAGAACUGUUUAAAUUGAAACAGUAUGUUUGCUGGACACAUCAUAAUUGAACUUGUAGUGGCUGUUAUUUUUGCACAAGAAACAGAUGCUGCUUGUUCCUUACCAACAGAGCUUACAAAUAGACAGUGGAAGUAUACGUAUACAGACGUACAAAACAAAGAACAAACAAGUACAGUAACGUUUGAAACUACAACUAUUUCUUCUGGCAUCUCAUUCAAUGCACUUGGGACAACAAUAGAUGAUUGGAACUGUAUAUCUGGUUUACAGAUCUCAGAUACGGUAUCGGUGGCUGCUUUCAAAAGUACAGAACAUUAUAGUGAUUUCGAUGGGGUUAAUAGAUGGUUAUAUAUGUGUAUGAAAUUCACAAAAGUAUCAAACGACUUGUUUUAUUUUUAUCUAUUGUCGGACGUCGACAGUACUAUUUACCCCAAGGAGAGGAUAUACAACCCCCUUGUACAACCAGACGUAGACGGUGAUGUGUGCAGUACGUUUUGUUCUUACGCCGAUCCAAAGCCAAAAAUACGUACGCUCGAAACAGAAGAAACAAGUGAUGUGUUGCCUGACGAUGUAUCAUUAUGUGAACCUUGUGGCGAUUCUUGUGAAAAAGCGCCAAUUGUUUGUACAGUUUCUGAAAAUGUACCGUUUGCAACAGGACCCACUGACGGAAGCUACAAUCUUCUCGAAAAGAUAACCUACUCUUGCAACACUGGAUAUGAAAUGCAAUCUGGUAACCUCGAACGUUCAUGUCAAGCUGACGGAACAUGGAGCGGAAGUCCUCUAGUUUGUGCACCAAUCGUUUGCAUAGUUCCCGAAACUGUCGAUUUUUCAACAGGACCUACCGACGGAAGUUACAAUUAUCUCCACCAAAUCACUUACUCUUGUAACAGAGGCUAUGAAGUUCAAUCUGGUAAUCUCGAACGUUCAUGUCAAGAUGACAAAACAUGGAGCGGAAGUCCGCCGGUUUGUGCACCAAUCGUUUGCAUAGUUCCCGAAACUGUUGAUUUUGCAACAGGACCUACCGACGGAAGUUACAAUUACCUCGAUAAGAUUAUAUACACGUGUAACAUAGGACAUGAAGUUCAAUCUGGUAAUCUCGAACGUUCAUGUCAAGAUGACAAAACAUGGACCGGGAGUUCGCCGGUUUGUGCCCCGAUAGUCUGUAUAGUUCCCAACACUGUAUAUUUUGCAACAGGACCAGCUGACGGACGCUACAAUUACCUCGAUAAGAUAACUUAUUCUUGUAACACAGGCUACGACGUGCAAUCUGGUAACCUAGAACGUAUAUGUCUUAAAGACAAAACAUGGAGCGGGAGUCCUCUAGUUUGUACCCAAAUUGUUUGUGUAGUUCCCGUAACAGUAGAGUUUGCAACAGGCCCUUCCGACGGAAGCUACAAUUAUAUGGAAUCAAUAACUUACUCUUGUAUUCCUGGAUAUGAAGUUCAGUCUGGUGACCUCGAACGUACAUGUCAAGAUGACGGAACAUGGUGUGGAAGUUCCCCAGUUUGUGUGCCAGUUAGUUGUGCAGAUCCAGGAAAUGGUCAGUUUACUAAAGAAAAAACGCAUUCAAGCUACAUUUUCAGAGAUACAAUAACUUACACUUGUAUAACUGGAUAUGAAGUAAUAUCUGGUGAUCUCAAACGUUCAUGUCAAGCUGACGGAACAUGGAGUGGACAUCCUCCAGUUUGUAAAAUUAGUUUAAAAUACCUUUGUGCUAUAUUUUUUGAAUUCAUGGAAAAUGAAAAUAGUUCGGAGGAUGAAUUUGACAGUCGUAGUUCUGAAGGAAGCUAUGAUAAGAAGAAGCCCAAAACGAACAAAGGAAAAAAGAAGAAAUUUUCUAAAACACUCAAAGCCUUAUUAAAAAUAUGCAUCCCUCCAUAAACACCAUCCCUUGUGCAUUGAAAUAAACUGUGAAAAUGAUAUUUACCUUAUUAGCUGAAUAUCAAAUGAACAUUCUAGACAAUAAAGUGAUAAACAUUC